AUGAAGCCUGUUAAGGAAUUAGUGGCGGACGUCUGUCCGCUCUUUGAAGACAUUUGUCAAUCUUGUCUAAAAACUUGUGGCAACAUCUACAACAGCAGCAGCAGCAGCAGCAGCAGCAGCAGCAGCAGCAGCAGCAGCAGCAGUAGCAGCAGCAGCAGCAGCAGGAGUAGGAGCAGCAGUAGGAGUAAGAGUAGCACAUCAUUCUGCAGCUCUGAAGAUGGCAACAACAGCAGCAGCACCACCACCACGACCACCAGCAGCAGCAGCAGCAGCAGCAGCAGCAGCAGAUCAGGUAUAUUAUUCCUUGGAUCUGGUGGGUCUGCCUCUAUCCCUCAAUUAAAUCAUUUAUUAUCUUUUGCUAAUCCUGCUCAUCCUUUCUAUAAGAUAGCGACAGGGGAGACACCGUUGCUGCUGCAGCAGCAGCAGCAGCGGCAGCGACUGCAGCAGGAAGCUAUUGCUUAUAGAAUGUUCGUCAAACACAAACAGCAGCAGCAACAGCAGCAGCAACAGCAACAGCAGCAGCAGCAGCAACAGCAGCAGCAGCAGGUAAAUGGUAUAAGUGCGUUGCUUGGAUGCAACAGCAGCAUCUCUUUCCCUGUCUCCUCCCCGCCAGCAGCAGCAACAGCAGCAGAAGCAGCAGAAGCAGCAGCAAAAGAAGCAGAAAGAGCAGCACGUGCAGAGGAGAUAGCUAGGGUGAGCAGCAUAGAUGCAGUAUUUCUUACUCAUGAUCAUCUUGAUGCCAUUGGGGGUUUAGAUGAUUUACGUGAUCUACAACCCUUUAAUAGGGUAACUCUUCCUCUUCCUCCUGUUGCUGCUGCUGGUGCUGCUGCUGCACCAACAGCAGCAGCAGCAGCAGCAGGGGAGAGAGGAGAAUGUAGAUGGUAUACACCGCAGAGGUGGCUGCGCUGCUACUCAGGUGCUCGUACUUUUGCUGCUGUCUCUCGUUGUUAUUCUUAUCUAGUAAGGCCUUAUAUAGAGCGUUCUUAUCUAAGCAGCAGCAGCAGCAGCAGCAGCAGCAGCAGUAACCCUACAGCAGCAGCAGCAGCAGCAGGAGAGGAGGAGGAGGAACGAAUUGUUACACAGACAGAGGACGGAGAGUUUGCGUUUACUAAUAAGCAGCGGCUGCUGCUGCGCCGCAAAGUUGCAUGCAUAGAUUUCUGUAUACUUAAUGAUAAGGUCCUUCCUCCUCCCCCUGCUGCUGCUGCUCUUGGUGAUGGUGCUGCUGCUGCUGAUGGUGGUGCUGCUGCUGAUGCAGCUGGUUCUGCUGCUGCUUCUGAUGGUCCUAGUCCUGCUGUUGCUGCAGCAGCAGCAGCUGCUGCAGAUGUUGCUAAGGAUGCACUUACUACUGCUGCUGCAGUUACACUAGGCAACGGAUCUACAGCAGCAAAAAAUACAAGAGCAGCAGCAGCAGCAGCAGCAGCAGCAGCAAAUAUACCUGCUGCUAUACAACCUAUUGAUGAUUGGGGAUUCACAAGAUUGGAUAUACCAGGUAAAUAA